AUGUCAUUUCAAUCAUUUUUGGAUCUUUUAAAGGUCCAGCAUGGUGCCCACGAGGCUGAACAUGUCACUUACUUGAGUAACAAAGAUAUUAUCCCCAUGGGUCCCAGUAGACGUAUUUGGGGAAUAUGGUCUUAUGUGUUCUACUGGUCUAUUUCGAACGUGAUCAUCAGUACUUGGUCUGGUGCAUCCUCGUUGUUGUCUAUUGGUUUGUCUGUCGGUGAAACCAUGGGAAUCAUUCUAAUAGGUAACAUAUUCAUCGCUUCUUUGGCGCUACUAAACGCAGCACCCGGUGGAUACUUUCAUAUAGGAUAUACGAUUUGUCAAAGAGUGGUCUUUGGAAUCCGUGGCUCGUUGAUCGGUAUCGCAAUGAGAACGAUUUUGUCGGUUGUCUGGUUUGGCUCUCAAGCUUACUUGGGGUCCCAGUGCUUGAACUGCGUUUUCUCGUCAUGGAGCAAAAGUUACUUGAACAUGAAAAACACUCUUCCUGAGUCUGUUCAUAUGACCUCUCAGGAUUUGAUUGGAUUCGCAUGUUUUCAGGUUAUCUCUAUUCCGUUGCUCUUUAUUCGUCCAGAAAGAUUCAGAAAGCCAAUGAUCGGUGCCACUCUCAUCACCUUCUUUGCUAUGUUAGGAAUCACAAUCUGGGCUGUUCAUAUCAAUGGUGGAAACGGUCCACUCAUGCACUCUUCUCAACCAAUGUCUAGCAGUGCAAGAGGUUGGGCUUGGAUAUACGGUAUUUGUUCAUGGUACGGCUCUCUCAGCUCGGGCGUGGCCAAUCAAUCCGACUUUACUCGUUUCUCCAAAAGACCUUGGGACUCUUUCUGGGGAACGUGGUUUGCGUUGGUUGUAGUGGGUUCGCUUAUCCCAUUGAUGGGACUCAGUAGUGCUUCAGCAUUGUUGGAGUACUACGGAGAGGAGUAUUGGAUGCCAAAUUCUAUCAUCAUGAAGUGGCUCACAGAGGAUUAUUCGGCUAAAUCCAGAGCUGCUGCUUUUUUCUGUGGAACUAUCUUCACCAUCUCUCAACUAGUGUUCAACACCAUGGGUAACGGAUACGCAGGUGGAAUGGAUAUGUCCGGAAUGCUUCCAAAAUACAUCAACAUCAGGAGAGGUGCUGUUAUUACUGCUUUGCUUUCUUGGGUGGUACAGCCAUGGGACUUCUACAACACGUCGUCGACAUUUGUGGUUGUGAUGUCUUCCUUCUCGGUGUUCAUGUCGCCAAUCAUUGGUAUUAUUACGUCGGAUUUCUGGAUCAUCCGCAGAAAGCACAUUCAGUUGUCCCAUUUAUACACCAGUGACCCCGAUGGAACCUAUUGGUAUUACUAUGGAUUCAACCUUAGAUCGCUUUUUGUAUGGUUUGUUGCUUUCGCUCCUGGACUUCCGGGAUUGAUCCAUGGUGCCAGACCAUCCAUUAGUAUCAAUGAUGGAAUUAAUAAUUUUUACAAGGGCAGUGCGGUGUUUGAAUUUGCUAUUUCUUUUUCGUUGAACGUGCUUUUGUCAUACAUCUGGCCAUACAAGAAUCCGAGGGAGUCCGACAAAGCCGACUACUUUGAUUCGUAUACAUUGGAGGAGUGCCACAAGUUGAACCUUAUUCCAUUCUCUCAAUUGAGCGAUGACGAACGAAUGAAUAGAGUUCAAAAAGACAGCACCGACGGAGAAUCUGUUGUCGAGAUUGGAGAGGAUGGCUUGAUGAUGAAGAGUUGA